CAUAAUUCUAUGCAUAUGGCUGCAGGUAAAGCGCGCAUCGGGCAUCUGGCCCCUGACUUCAAGGCCACAGCAGUCAUGCCAGAUGGACAGUUUAAAGACCUCAGCAUUUCCAACUACAGAGGGAAGUAUGUGGUGUUCUUCUUCUACCCACUGGACUUCACCUUUGUGUGCCCUACUGAGAUCAUCGCCUUCAGUGACGCUGCCGAGGAGUUCAGGAAGAUCGACUGCGAGGUCAUUGGUGCCUCUGUUGACUCCCACUUCUGCCAUCUUGCCUGGACCAACACACCUCGUAAGCAGGGCGGUCUGGGUCCAAUGAAGAUCCCUCUGGUAGCCGACACACUGCGUUCCAUCUCCACGGACUACGGGGUGCUGAAGGAGGACGAGGGCAUCGCCUACAGGGGCCUAUUCAUUAUUGACGCCAAGGGCCUCUUGAGGCAGAUCACCAUCAACGACCUUCCAGUGGGACGCUCCAUCGACGAGACCCUGCGUCUGGUGCAGGCCUUUCAGUUCACUGACAAACACGGAGAAGUCUGUCCCGCCGGCUGGAAACCAGGAAGUGACACCAUCAAGCCCGACACCCAGAAGAGCAAAGACUUCUUCUCCAAGCAGCACUAA